AUGAGCAAACGGUCGUCUGGCCACCACCAUGAGAAUGGAGAGCACCACUGGAGGACCAUCUUCUCCGUCGCCCUGGAGAACACCUGGUGUCCAGACCUCCAGGAAGCCAUUGAAAAGCUCCCCAUGGAGGAUGAUGACAGGCAGCUCCUUUGCGAUCAGCUGAACUUCUUCAACCAGGACUUGCUUCUUUCAGUUCUCAAGCGCGGCAGCACGGCACUGCGGGCGUACCAUGAGGAGCAUCCGGAGUACCUGUCGGUGAUCUACAGUGUGUCCUUGGGCCAACCGAAUGUCUUCGAGCUCAUCAACCAGCGGCUGCUGGUCUUCUCCGACGAUAGAGGGAUUCUCCGCAAGGUGGACGUGGUCGGGCAGGGCAAGAGGACCAUUGACCUCUCAAAGGAGGCGGCGAAGAUUCAGGUUCCUGAUGGCGACGAAGGACUGAGCCCGGCUAAAUCCAGGAAGGCCGAGGGGGGCGCUGGCAUCACAGCCGCGGAACUUCAGAGGAUGCUGGGCCAGCAAACAGACCAACUUGCCCGUGCUCAGACGGCCGCUGUUGACUCUGCAGUCUCCCGAUUUGAGAAGAUAGUGGAUGACAAGGUAUCGGUUGCCACUCAACGUGUAGACGGUCUGGAAGCCAAAUUGGAGGCCUUGGAGAAGAGACUUGAUGAAAUGCAUGCUGGAGGUGCACCGGGCAAAGUUUCCUCCGUGGGGGACGAUCUCUCGAGACGACAGCGAACCUUGGUGUUUGGAGGAUGGAACCGGGACACACGCCGGGUCGACUUGCUCUCGGAAUUGAAGGAUGGUCUUGAAAGCCUUGGGGUUGCCCCCAUGAUGGAUGAGCCGCCCUUCACUACAGGGGCCAGACGAAGUAUGGCAUUGGCGGCCUUCCGAGAAAGGGCGAAUGAGAGCUUUGCCGCUAUGCGAUCACGAAUGCAGGCGGUGGUCAGGGCGUUUGCGGAGGCGAAUGUGCAGGGGCGCCAGGGAAAGAAACUUUGGUGUAACUGGAGUAAGACCCGGCUUGAGCGUGCUCACUCCUCGCAUGCAGCAUGGAUUAAGAAAGUGGUUGCAGGGGUUGACUCGGACAAGCUCGUGGACGUGGAGAUCGAAUGGAACCAAGGCAACGUGUGGGGGCCUAUCUCCUUGAUGGGGUCCUCUGCCUUGCCAAUUCCCCCAGGCACUGACAUGCGUGAGGUGAUCAUCCGGGAUGACCUUGAGACCAAAGCCUGGGUGAGCUGGGGACUUAUUGCCCGUGAGUUGAAGUUGGACCCAAAAGUGGCGACCUAUGAAGGGGAGGUGGAGGACCAUUUCAAGGCGAGGCCCAGGGACCCCACCAUGGUGAUCUUCGAAGGGGACCUGAAUGCAGGGUACGCGGGGGAGGCGGACCUGGACUUCAUACCCGUGCAAGAGGGUCAGAGGGCGAAUGCGGGGUGGGACGUGGAGUUUGCAGUUUGCCAGCAAGGGGACCCUCACGAAGCAAUUCACAGUCACCUUGCCGGGGUGUACUCUGGCAGCUCGCCGGACACAAGCAAGUACAAGUACCAGGGUGACUUCUUUCCUUUCACGGUGGAGGAACUUAGGGAUGGUGUCUCCAGAAUGAAGGCAGGCAAGGCGGUUGGUACGGACCUCACGUCGCAGGAACUCCUAGUGGGAGUGCUUCAGCUUGAAGGGGGAGAAGAACACAUACUGCGAUGGUACAACAAGGUGUUAGGCAGCCAAUGUGUCGAUCUUGCGAAAGCGUUUGACUGUGUUGACAGAGGUAUGCUUCUCGGUAAAUUGUCGGAGAGACUGGGGCCGUGUGCGGAGCUGGGAUGUUGGGCUGCACUCUUGGGUGAGAUUACCGGAACUUUACAGACACCUUGGGGAUUGACCCUGCUGUCGAUGCCCUCCGGCAUAAAGCAGGGAGCAGUCGAGAGCCCCUCCUUUUUUGCCUUCAUUGCUGAGGUGGCGUUGUCGGAAACUGCGGCCAAACACGGCUGGGGGCGGAGGGAGAAGCUCCUCGAGGGCAUGAACCAUGAGGAGUGUAUGUUCAUGGAUGACACCAUCUUGUGGGGGGCAGGGUGCCGUGCAGUUCAGACAAGGCUACAGGAGCUUUCUCGCCACUUACGAACCUUCGGGCUCAUGGUCAACAUCGCGAAGUGUCAACUAUACUGUGGGCCUCAGUGUACAGGGGUUCAAAGGGUCAGCAUUGAUGGGGUAGCCUUGGAACCAUCACCGCACCUGGAUGUCAUGGGGGUCCAGUUCAAGGUUGGAGCGACCAUGAUGGAAAUGAUCAGUCCUCUGGCGACACAGGCGAGGGGUAAGUUCUGGGAGAUCAAACAUGUCCUCAGGGCCAAGGGUAACCUGUACAAACGCAUUCGCACUAUGCAGAGAACGGUGGCGGCCUCGGCGCUGUGGUGUGCUAGUGCUUUUGCUCCAGAUCGGAGUGCCAUGGGGUUCCUGAACUCGGUCCAGAUGCAACUUGUUGUGUGGAUGAUGCGGCUAUCCAAGGGAUCACAUGAGGACUGGGGGGCCUACCGCAAACGGGUUUGGAGAGCCGCCCGUGCAGCCAUACACCGAUCGGGUGAAGAGAGGUGGUCCACCAUAUGGUUACGAAGAUACUGGGGGUUUGCGGGGCACAGGGCUCGGGGUUUGGAGGGCGACUCGCCGGUGAUCAGUGCUCUCUUUGAAGGGUUCAGAACCAAGAAAUGGUGGGACAAGGAGAAGCUCGAUCCCAACGGCAUCAAACACCCUCACCACUUCGCUAGGCUUAUGCAGAUGGAGGGUCACUUGAACAGGGCUGCUGGUGGGGAUUGGAGGGAAGUGGCUCGCGACAGAGCAAGAUGGAGAGAACGAGAGGCUGAGUGGGUUCGUGCACAAGACCUACCGUGGGCCUCUGGUCGCCAAGAUCUCCGCAGCAUUUUGCCGGCGGAGCAUGGCGUGCGGACGCCGCCAGUUCUACCUGUCCUUUGGCAUGAUUCAGCGCACGAUGAUGGAGGUGUGCGAGAGCUCACGGCCCUGAUUCCCCUGCCUUACACGAUCAGGGACUACCACGCCAAGGAGCAUGGGCCCGUGGAGGCGCCGGCAUCGCUUGACCUACGACCAGAUCCGGCGCAUGAUGAAGGAGGUGUGCGGGAGCUGAAGGCCCUGACUCCCCUGCCGUACGCGAUCAGGGACUACCACGCUGAGGAGCAAGGGGCUGUGGACACAGAGGGGAGCUGUUUCAUGCAGCGCGGCGCCCCGGGGGAGCCUAGCUCAAGUGGACAGGAGCGUGAUGUAUCCACAAUGCGCCGAGGAAACGAUGAGAGCACCCUACCUGGGCGAGCUUAUGUGCAUGUCCUGCAGAUGCUCGGGGGCGAGAGGGAUCAACCGCCGUGGAACGAGGUGGCCACCAUGGGAGGUGCCCCCGACGAUGCUGAAUUGGCCAUCCGGCGAAGGGCUACGGAUGCUAUCUGCCGCUGGGAACAGUCCUCCACCUCACAGCUCUCCAGGCUACAAACAGGGGACCAGGGACGUGUGCAGGUGUGGCGCUCGAUCCUUGCGAGAGUGGUGGACCGGUUGGAUCCUAGGUACUCCGAGUUUGCUCGAAUUUAUCUUCGGUGGCUUCGGGACUACAUUGGUGGCACCUUCAACUCCCAGGGAUCACAGCAGAUGUCGGUCGCGGAGGUCCAACUAGCCAUGCAGAUUGAGGAGGCUACGUACCAAGAUUUUCAGCAAGCGAUGGAGGGAAUGGCAAAUCCGGGGACAAUGGUGCGAGUUGACAUGCGAGCACGACGAGUUCAGAUGACUGAGCUACGACGAGGACUGGGCGACGAGUUUCGGCGACUCCAAGCCAGUUCCCCUCAGUGGGGACUACAAGCCGAGCUACACCACCAGCUGGCGUGCAAAGGAGAUGUGAGGUUCGCCUGCUUUGCUGUCACCCACCUCGGGGAUGUCUACGGUGAACUACCAGCAGUGCACGGGAGGGACCGACGCCCUCCGGGUGGAAGACAGUGGGCAAAAUGGGUCGUCAUGGGGUUUUGGAACCACUACUGUCAGGAACUGGCAGCAUCUGCGCCGAUGGGAGGACACGGGCACACAGACAGGCCGAGGGCUACCAGCAGGUCGCGGUCGCCAGUGAAUCGUGGUCGAGAUGAGCCGGCCUCGUCAGAUUCCGGGGGACUGAGUGAUGAGACGUCGCUUGUGUCCCUGCCGAUGUUUGCAGCAACGCUUCUCCAGUUUGCAGUGGUCUCUGGCUUUGACAGACCCUUCUUUCGGGGCCACGAGCCCUACUGGUACACGGAGAUAGUGCGCAAGGCCGUGCUCCUCAUUGAGAAUGGGGCCGACUGGCACAGCUUAUCUACUAGAUUGGAGGAACAAUUGCGAAGCAAAGGGGAUGUGCGAUUUACUGAGGAGACGCUCCUUUAUGUCAACGGGAUCUCCAUGUGCCUCUCAGAGUACAUCGAUGGUGGGGGUGGGCCCGGUAUGGGUCCACACAUGCUUGUGGAGGCUGAUGUGGUGACAUGGCUUGAAGAGUCGAUUGCGGCGAUCAGACGGCACUGGUUUUGGCUGUUGUGCCCUGUUGCAGUGGCUAACCGUGACCUGGAGAGGGUCUUGGAGCAGACGCAGCACCCCACCAGGACCCUCAAUGGGAUGCUGUAUGAGGAUGAGGACAGUGAGGCCGAAAACUCCAGACUGUCGAGAUCGAGAACCCCGCAAAGGGACGAUGUGCGGCUGCGGCUAGGCCUCCGCCAACACCGCCGCACUCCGCGUCGAGAUCGAGCAGAGGGUGAAGAAGGUGAGGAGGGGUCUCUUAUGGACACUGGGGACAGGAAGUAUAACAAAGGGCCGAGAACGGGAGAACAUGGGCGAGGGGACCGUCGCCGUCGAUUGGAGCCAUCACGACCCUGGAACCGUCAUCGUGAUCGCUCCCGCACCCCUGAACGGAAGCCGAAGGCCAAGGCUAGGCCUGCCACGGCACAAAAGGAGAGGUGCACGGUGACUACGUCCACUCGGCGAUUGGUCACUGACAGACCUGCACUUCCGCGCCCGGGACAGCCUGGAUCCUCCACGGAUGUGCCUGCCAUUCGGCGGUUGGAGGAAGACCAAGCAGUGGACGCUUGGCGCUUCCUGCUCAACUUGGACAGUGAGAGCUUUGUUGGUGAUGUAGAUGUGGUCGCGGCGGAACAACCGCUAUUACCUCCCACGGUGGCGAACAUGGUGGAGGAAACAAUGGCGGGCUAUAGCGACCAUGACAGGGCUGUGAUGACAGUGGCUUUUGUCCGGUUUCUUCGUAUGCUGAUGAGUGAGGUCAUGCAGUGCUUCGAGAGGGGAGUACGUGCCGGGGAAGCGGGCUUGCGAGGGGAAGUCCUGGUCGAGGUUCGCACGGAAGAGGAGGAGGGUGAUGGAAACUCCCUCAUGCAAAGGACGGUGACGGGGAUCUUUGCUGGCGGCCAGGGACCUGUUCAUCGAUGGCACGUGCUACUCCAAAGGCUUCAGGCGGAACUGCACUCUAUGGCAGCGGGGGAUAGGCAAGCGAACAUUGAGGGCCUCCGGAACAGGUUGAGUGGAGCUCCUGAUGUGGAUCCUGCACGUGGUGAUCAGCUGCAAGCAGUGUUGGUAGCUAUGAGCGAUGCCGAAGACAACAUGGUGGGGGUUGGAGACCUGACAUGGCAGUUGGCGUGGUGGAGAAACUUGUUCGGAACACCGUUGUCUGAGGGAAUGCCGGGGUCGAGCACUGACAUACCGGUCUUAGAUGAGCAGGAUCUAGCGAGGCUCGCAGAAGACCAGGAAGAAGCUCGCCGUGAAAGGGAAGCCGAGACCAGAAAACGUGAUUUGGAGCAAAGGGGGUACGAGGAGUUUGAGGACGGCUACCACCGCUACCAGGAGGCCCUCCAAGAUGAUGACCAGACCAAGCUCCGGCGCUUGAGCGCCCAGGAACACAAACAAUGGGAGGACUGGCAGUGGCGCAACAUCAUGCAGGAGCCCAACCAGAAACGACGGCGCCAUGUCCUCACUGUCACGGUCAGUGGACAGGUGGACAGCCAUUCGGGAUGGUUGUCGCGCACGCUGCAGCUCCCCUUACAAGGAUCGGGACCGACGUCGCUACGGUUGGACCUCGCAGUGAACUCCGAGACGUGCCCGGAUGAAGUGGAGACGGUUGUGCUGAACGAAGGUCGCUCGGAGAAUGCGAUGCCUGCUCCUGCCCCGGAUGCUACAGUGGUGCAUGAGGCUGGUGCUUCCACUACGAGCCUUGGUGGUGAGAGCGAGAGUGUGGGGGCAGAAGGACAGCACAUGGUAAACAUUGCGGGGCCGUUGACGAUCCCGCCGGACCAGCAAUCUACGCUCCCGUAUGAGACGCAGCUCGAAGAUGGCACCAUGCGAGACCUAGCUUUCCAGGACUACGAAAAACUCUACAAGGAAUGGAAGGAAGGUCGCCUCAGUGAUGCUGAUAUUCGGGUAGCUGGAGGUCCAGGGCUCCUUGAUCUGAUGCAAAGCCAGCGUUUGUUGGACUAUGAAGACGAAACCCAGGUGCAGCAGAUGGAGAACUUGGACAGGGUGACCGCUCCACAGAACCACCUCUCGGACACUUAUGUGGACUUCCCUGAAGAGCCGGAAGCAAUCCCUAUCACACCGAACGUGCACAUGAUGGACAGGGCCUUGGAAGGGAUUCAAACCUCGGACGAGGAGUGA